CUGGUUACCUGCGGGUUGUACGCUUGCUCUGUAGAGCCUCCGGUUCCGGGCCGGCCUGGGCGCCGGCAGCCUUGACAGCCCCCAACUUGCAAGAGCAGCCGCGGCGCCACUGUGCCCAUCAAGGAAGGUGUGGAUCUUCCUGGAUCUGCUGUUUUCAAGCUGUGUGAGCUUUGGCAGUGAGCUGACAACCUCUCUGAGCCUUAAUUUCCUCACAUUUAAAGUGGAGAUAAUGAUACAGUUCCAGGAGAAAGGAUCUGACUGGCCAGGCUGGCAUCUGGCUAGUCCCAGCUAGCCAGACUCAGCGGGGGAUCCAGCUCCCCGGGGUGAUCCUGGAGCUGCUCCUGCAGGAGGGGGAGUGAAUGCUGGGCAGCUGGGUCCUGGCUGACACUCCUCCCUCCAUGGUGAAGGAUGCCGACAAGAGGAUCAAGGUGGCGAAGCCAGUGGUGGAGAUGGACGGCGAUGAGAUGACCCGUAUUAUCUGGCAGUUCAUCAAGGAGAAGCUCAUCCUGCCCAAUGUGGACGUCCAGCUCAAGUAUUUUGACCUGGGGCUCCCAAACCGUGACCAGACCAAUGAUCAGGUCACCAUCGACUCUGCGCUGGCCACCCAGAAGUACAGCGUGGCUGUCAAGUGUGCCACCAUCACCCCUGACGAGGCCCGUGUGGAAGAGUUCAAGCUGAAGAAGAUGUGGAAGAGCCCCAACGGGACCAUCCGGAACGUCCUCGGGGGGACCGUGUUCCGGGAGCCCAUCAUCUGCAGAAACAUCCCACGCCUCGUCCCUGGCUGGACCAAGCCCAUCACCAUCGGCAGGCACGCCCACGGCGACCAGUACAAGGCCACAGACUUUGUGGCUGACCGGGCCGGCACAUUCAAGAUCGUCUUCACCCCAAAGGACGGCAGCGGAGCUAAGGAGUGGGAGGUGUACAGCUUCCCCGCUGGUGGCGUGGGCAUGGGCAUGUACAACACGGAUGAGUCCAUCUCGGGUUUUGCGCACAGCUGCUUCCAGUACGCCAUCCAGAAGAAGUGGCCACUCUACAUGAGCACCAAGAACACCAUUCUGAAAGCCUAUGACGGGCGCUUCAAGGACAUCUUCCAGGAGAUCUUUGAGAAGCACUACAGGACCGAGUUUGACAAGAAUAAGAUCUGGUACGAGCACCGCCUUAUUGACGACAUGGUGGCUCAGGUCCUCAAGUCUUCGGGCGGCUUUGUGUGGGCCUGCAAGAACUACGACGGAGACGUGCAAUCAGACAUCCUGGCCCAGGGCUUUGGCUCCCUUGGCCUGAUGACGUCCGUGCUGAUCUGCCCGGAUGGGAAGACCAUUGAGGCUGAGGCUGCUCAUGGGACGGUCACGCGCCACUAUCGGGAGCACCAGAAGGGCCGGCCUACCAGCACCAACCCUAUCGCCAGCAUCUUUGCCUGGACGCGUGGCCUGGAGCACCGGGGGAAGUUGGACGGAAACCAGGACCUGAUCAGGUUUGCCCAGACCCUGGAGAAGGUGUGUGUCGAGACAGUGGAGAGUGGAGCCAUGACCAAGGACCUGGCGGGCUGCAUCCAUGGCCUCAGCAAUGUGAAGCUGAACGAGCACUUCCUGAACACCUCGGACUUCCUGGACACCAUCAAGAGCAACCUGGACAAAGCUCUGGGCCAGCAGUAGCGGGUGGGAGCACUGCUGGCUGCCGUGGCGGCCAGGCUGGGGCUAAGCGGGUGGCCACAGGUCCACCCUAACCCCGACACGCCCCCGCAGCGGAGGGUGAGCCUCACAACCCCUCUUUGGAGGCCUUUCUAGGGGACACUCUUUUUUAUAAGCAAGAUGUUUUUAAAAGUAUCUGUGUGUUUCCCCUCAUGGUGACAUGAGGCAGGAACAGUGUGUUUUACCUCAGCCAGUGGUAUGUUUUGCAUACUGUAAUUUAUAUUGCCCUCGGAACACAUGGUGCCAUAUUUAGCUACUAAAAAGCUCUUCACAAAGCA